AUGUCCUCUUUUCUCUCUUCUCUGAGAGGUGUGCGAACGAAUGUAUUAGGACAAGUCGUUGAUAUUCCAAAACAUUUGAGAAAGGAUGAACAACACGAUCCGAUUAAAGUGCUUGUUUUGAGACAAGAUAGGCCUGGACAAGAAGAAAUUUAUUAUGUACGAGCUGAUGGAACAUUUUCUAUUGAAGGUUUGACUGUCGGAUCACAUAUUGUACAAUUAGCUUGUAAUAGAUUUGAAUUUGCUAAAGUUCGUAUUGAUGUAUCAAAGAGUGGAAAGAUGAGAGCUAUUGCUAUGGUUCCAUCUAGUCAUCCUUCACUUUAUUCAUCUGAGGAAGAAAGAAAAGCUGCUGUUGCUUCUGUGGACGGAUUCGGAUUUGUUAAACAAAAUAUUCCUGUCGAACCAAUUCUCAAAAUUAGACCAUUGAAUGCUUUGAAUUACUUUGAAGUUGUUCCUCCAAUGGAUUAUCUUGGACUCUUGAAGAAUCCUAUGGUUAUCAUGUUAGUUGUUGGUGUUCUUGUUUCUGUUGUUUUCCCUAAACUUGUUGACCCAGAAGCUAUGAAGGAAGCACAAAAAUCAAUGUCACAAGGUGAAGGAAGCUUCCGUGAUUUAAUGAAUAAUUUGAAUGGUGCUGCAGAAACUACAGCUGCAAAUGCUAUAACUGGUCAAAAGAAGAAACCAAAGAAGGAUUAA